AUGGCUGUUAAUGUGGCAACCAAAUUUCAGUUUCAGUUACACGAUUCCUCUCACACAUUCCUUAAUCCUUCUCUUUCUCUCUCCACCGCUUCAACUCACCGGAAAAACUGGGACCCACCACAUUCAUCUCAUCAACUUUCGGCGAUCAAUCGUCAUUUCCAAAUCAAACUGACCUUCUGCAUUUCCCUGAUUUAUGCCGGAUUAAUUAAUUUUGUAGAGACAGAAUUUUACGCCAUUAAUGCUUCACUUCCUCUCUCUUUCUUCGAAUCAGAGAUAGAGAAAAAUGAGGAAAAGUUGCAGAGAUAUCUAGUACUUCUACUACUACUGGAAUUCAGAAAAUUAACAGAAAUGGACAAGAAUUCAGACGUGAGGCAUGUAUUCAAUCGAAAAUCCGGUAACGUGGAGAAGGAGAAAACUAGUAAAGAGACGAUAGUGAAACGAUUGAGUGUUAUCGGGAGAGAUAAGGGUUUUGACGGCAAAGAUGAGCUUCACUCUCACUCCUCUACUGUAACCGCUAUGAAAAGUAAGCUUCCCUCAAAGAUUUUCAGUGCUUCUAAAGUUCCUAAGAAGCAACGUUCAGUUAGAAAAGGAUGUAGUGAAUUCGUCUCAGUUCCCUUGCUGGGCGUGAAGAGAUCAAACAAUUGGUUGAAUGGGGCUGAAUCUAUCAGGAAUGAUUGUUUGAAGAAGUCUAAGAUAACCAUGCAUAGUGGUUGGUCGGAUCAUUCAUCCAAACGGUCUGUUUCAGAGGCAAUUUCUAAAGACGAGGAAGAGGUGGCUGAGGCAUUGUUUGCAUUGAAAGGAAUUACUCUUGAUCGCGAUAAUAAGACGAACAAUGAGUCUUUGAAACCAAUAUCCCCGGACUUUUUGAAGAAAGUGAACACUAAUCUUACAAUUUCAUCUCAAGAGGCUAGGACUUUAAAAGAGGAAUCAGAUGCAACUAAUUCUACACCAACCACAGAUCAGGCACUGACUGCUGAUCCUGCACCUCCCAUUUGGUCUAAAUUGUCUGAAAGAAGACAACUUAUUCCAAACUUAAAAGUAUCAGUUCCUCCGGUGCCUUUUCAGUUCCCUCCACUUCUCAGGGCUUGUGAUGACAGACAGCGGACUGAUUCUAUUUUACUUUGUGGUUCAACCGAUCAAAAUUCAGACUGUGGGAUAGGAGAGACUAAACCAGAGAAAUCACAGCUUCCUAAGAAAGAAUCGCACAUUAAUAUAGAAUUAUCAGAUUCAGCAAAUUGUCAAAACAAAGAGCAUUCUACUUCUACAGAAUGCGGAGAUAUUGCUGCUUUACCCUCAAAACCUCUGCAUGGUUCAGGAGUUGGAUAUCCUGUGCAGUCUUCGGCUAUACUUGUUCCCUCUUGGCUUAAUAAUUCUAUAUCUUGUCCUGGUUCCUUUGAUAAUAUCACAUUUUCCGGCAAGGUGCCUUGCUCAAUAAAUGGCGGAAGAAAGUCAUGGAAAAGAUGUGUUGCACAUGUCUACAUUAGUCAUUUGAUUCAGGUGCUGAAUACUUCAGAAGGAAAAGAUUUAAAUGGAACUCCUACUGCUGGCCACAUGUUCGGUUCUGCUUCUUCUAUGUCUAAAACUGCAAGUGAUGUACCUAUGCUCCAUGAGAAACAUAUUGCUAAAGAAGAUGGACCAUCUGUUUCCAGGUUUCACGACUCAAAGAAACAGAGCUUUGAUUUUUUGUCUUUGUCAACUGGAGCUGCCCCAGAAGUAAACAAUGAUGUAGAUAGGUUGGACAUUUCUAUGGAACCAAAAGGACAUGUUCCUGAACUUAACUCCGUUGCACAACAUAAUGCCUACAUGCCUUCCUCGAUGUCGCUAAAUCAUUUUUCUUCCAUUCCUAACAAGGAUCAAGGCGCAGCAGUGUCAAUAGCACUACCUCUUGUGCCACCUCAGGGUCACUUAAGAGUACCUCCAUAUCUUAAUAAUCCUUGUGGGUCUACGCAUAUGGGCACAGCAAGAACUACACAACAGCCACUUUCUAUACAGCAGCAGCAGAUUUUGACAACCAAAAUAGCUGCACAGUUCUGGCAUAACAGUAUACGGGAUCAGCACUCUAUGAAUCUCAAACAGGCUCACCUCCCUGCCCCCUUACCUUCUCUAGAAUCUAUUGGUUCCAAGUAUUUUCACAUUUCGGAACAACAACUGCAACAACUCCAACUGCAGCAGCAGCAGCAGCAACAACUGUUUGGACGUUAUCCACCUUUGCCCAGAUCUGGUGGAAAGUUACAAAAUACUCAACCCACUUGAAUAUGUGAAGACAAAGGUAGUCGAUUUCAUUUCCAAUGAGCGGCUCUUUAAUUGAGAGGGGAGCUUAUGAGAGGAAGAAUUAGGUAAAUUAUCAUCGUGAAUUUCUUUUUCAUGUUUGGAUGAUCAUAUUGGCAUAAUAUCCAAACGGAAAACAACGUCAGUUGAAGGAUCAAGAGUUGCUAAUGAAUUGUAAUAUGUUAGCUGAAAUGCCGGGAAUGUGAAAUCUCCAUCAAACAAAUACGAUAUGCAUACAUGAACAAGAGAACACAUGUAAAGAUCAAUACAUUGGUACUGAGUUGCGGAAAGGGUUUCCUUUUACAACAGUAGUCUUGUUGGUAUGUAUUUGUCCGAGUCGGUAAGAGGAAAGGGCAGUUUGCAAGGAGGGUGUUCUUUUGUAAUUGCUACACACCAAAUUUUUAGACAUAAUGCUUUAUUCAUUAGGUAGAGUACUUUUAGUUUUGUAUUGAAAUGAUAGCAGAAUUUUGGAAAUUUGCUAUACGCAACCUUACUCUAACAAUAAUAGAUGCUUUUGAAUUUUGAUUGAUCAACAA